AUGGACUUCUCUAAUAUCUUUCGUCUGGUGAACUUGGUUGUGGGUGGUAUCAUGGUGUUGGGAGGAAUCGCUCAAUUUUUCCCCAUUGGCAUUCGGAACAUCAUUGUUGGCAUUUACGUGAUCAUAUUUGGCCUUGCUGUUGCUGGUCUUGAACUGCUGCCUCAAGUCCCGCCAUAUCUACCGAAAUACGCAAGCUUCCUGUUCUCUUUCCUCGGGCGAGGUGUCUUCUAUGUUUUCGUCGGAUGCAUCAUCAUCGAGAGCAAUGUAUUGCGGAUCAUUGCGGGUACCAUCGUCGGAGCUGUUGGUCUGGGUUACUGUGCGCUCGAAUUCCUGCCUCAAAUCGAACCUCCAUCCAACAUGAGGGACGCCGAUGCUGGCUGGGGAGCCGAACAAGUCUGA